GGACAGCUGACAGCAUUGCCUCUAGAGGAUCAUCAGGGAUGGAAAGAUGCCCCUGGAGGUGAAAUGGCCUUUUCCUCAGGCCCCAAAUCUGCCAUGGAAUUUGGCCAGCAGGCUGGUCAUGGGAUUGGUGGGUACCUAUAGCUGCUUCUGGACAAGGUAUGUAAACAAGCUGAAUAUCCAUAAUGAAGAAGUUCUUUAUGAGCUGAUUGAGAAGCGCCAACCAGGAACCCCCCUCUUGACUGUCUGCAAUCAUCAGUCCUGCAUGGACGAUCCACAUCUUUGGGGAAUCCUGAGAUUACGACACGUCUGGAACUUGCAGAAGAUGCGGUGGACUCCAACAGCUGCUGAUAUCUGCUUCACCAAGGAGCUGCAUUCUUGUUUCUUCAGCCUUGGGCGAUGCGUUCCUGUCUGCCGGGGAGAUGGAGUCUACCAGAAAGGCAUGGACUAUAUACUAGAGAAGCUCAACUGUGGUGACUGGGUGCACAUGUUCCCCGAAGGUAAAGUAAACAUGACUCAGGAGUUCAUGCGCUUCAAAUGGGGUAUUGGGCGUCUUCUGGCUGAGUGCCGUCUGCACCCGAUUAUACUGCCACUCUGGCAUGUAGGAAUGAAUGAUGUACUCCCCAAUGAACCUCCUUACGUGCCCCGAGUUGGACAGAAAAUCACUGUGUUAAUUGGGAGGCCAUUCAGUGUCCGCCCAUUGCUAGAGCGGCUGCGGUCAGAAAACAAGUCAGCGAUGGAGAUGCGCAAAGCCCUGACAGAUUUCAUUCAAGAGGAGAUCCAGACUCUAAAGGAACAGGCUGAGAGACUGCAUCAGACAUUCAAGCUACAGGGCUAGUGUUGACUAGGCUAAGCAUCAGAGGCUCUGUUACUGAAACAUGAAGUAUGCAGUCCUGGGCCAUGGCGAGGAAUGUAGUCUUUGCAUGGACUACUUUUAACUCAUAGCUUUUAAGUUAAAUUUUCUCAUUUCUCCACCUGCCAUCCACACCCUGCCGCAGGAGGAGUGGCAUCACAUGCAGAAGAUUGGGUGAAGGCUCCUCGUACCCCUUGUUGACCCUCAUGUUGUCCUCAUUGUACUGCUUUGGUAUCUGCCUCCCAAAGGGAGGGACUUGCAAUGGCUACUGUGUGUUCCCUCUUGCUAGAACCUAGAAGUGCUGGGGCUCCAUGUUUGCAGUUACUGGUGAUGCAAGAAUAGGAGGAGGAGUGAAUGGGGGAGGGGAAAGAAAGUCUCCACCCUAUUCUUGCAAUGAUCUCUCUUUAUGUGGCUUGCCUUGGUCAGUGGGCACUGGAGGAAUACAAAACACAUUUUGUGAAUUUCUUUUUGUAGAAUAUUGGUUUGGAAAUGGUUUUAUAUUUGGAAACUUCCAAUAAAUGAUUCAUACCU